CGGCCAGCACGAGCCAGCGACGGCGGCGCGGCGCGCGCAGCCGCCUUAUUUAUUCCGAUGUCGAGCUCGGGAGCGCUCAGCACCUACUACGUGCACUCGCUCAUCAGCGGCGAUGCGGACGGGAUGAUGAGCGCGGCCGCCGCGGCUGCGGCAGCGGCGGCGGCCGCGCGGUACCCGGGCGGAGCGCACCACCACCCGCAGGCGGCGCGGCCCGCGGCGCCCGUGCAACUGCCCGAACACCCCGACUUCCCGUCGUGCAGCUUCCAGCCCAAGGGCUCCGUGUUCGCCUCGCCGUCCGCCUGGGCGCCCAUCCCGACGCAGCCGCCGCCCGGCGGGGUCUUCCACCCGCACGCGGCCUACGUGGGGCAGUCGCACCUCGCUGACGAGGGCAGCCGCUACGUGCGCUCUUGGUUGGAGCCCGUUGGAUUUUCGGGAUUCGGUGGCGGCGGCGGCGGCGGCGGUGGUGGUGGUGGGGCCAGGCCCUAUGACUACAAGCCGGAGCCUCUGCAGCAGCAGCAACAGCAGCAGCAGGCGGUGAAGCGACGCGACGUGACGGCGGGAGUGGUGGCCUACGAGACGUCUCCAGGAGCCACCGUGGCCCCCUUGCUCGGCGGGGACUUCCCGCUGGAGGCGCCGAGCGAGGGCCGCGAGAAGUUGGCCGACGUGUCCCCGUACCCGUGCACGGACGACGCGGACGUGAACUCGGAGAAGAGCGACGACAAGCCGGCCAUCGACCCGAACAACCCCACCGCCAACUGGAUCCACGCGCGGCCCUCUCGCAAGAAGCGCUGCCCCUACACCAAGUUCCAGACCCUGGAGCUGGAGAAGGAGUUCCUCUUCAACAUGUACCUGACGCGGGACCGGCGCUACGAAGUCGCCCGCGUGCUCAGCCUCACCGAGCGCCAGGUGAAGAUCUGGUUCCAGAACCGGCGCAUGAAGAUGAAAAAGAUGAACAAGGACAGAAACAAAGAUCCGCAGUGAGGUCGUCGGAAGCGCCGUGUUUGUAGAGAAGCGCCCGGAAGCACGAGAUGAGACGGAUUGGUGUUGACGAUGGUGGUGGUUGGUGUUGGUGGCGGUGGGUGGUUGUUGUUGUUGUUGGUGGUGGUGGUGAAGACGUCGACAGUCAACAACUUUCAAAUGUGAACAACAGCAAUUGAUACAGCUCCCCGGUGAACGCAAUGGAAGUGCGCGUUCGACUUUGCAUCGUACAUUAAAACAACAGAAAGGAAAGGAUACACUGAUAAUGAAGGUCUCACGUUAUAUAUAUAUAGUAUAUAUAUUAAUAAAUACACCAUGCCGGAGUGCAGCUAUUUUUCAGAACGGUUGUACCUUGCACAAAUCGGUAAUAUCUUUAUUAAGGUUUAGGCAUUGCGGUUAAGCUGUUCGGAAUUUACAACUAUUUAAUCAAUGGCUCUUCCCCUUUUCAUUUCUAAAGAAGAGGGGUUUCCGUGGCUCAAGACGCGUGCAGUCCCAACUACCUUGGAAGCAAUUCCAAUAAUUACGUUUCAUUAUUUUGGAAUAAGUACAAUUGUUUUGGACGGCAGACUGAAAAAGGGGAGGUGACUGCUGAGUGUUUAUUAUUAUUGUUAUUAUAUCAUGAAUAUUAUAGAGCACUGUUGUAUUAAUUACAUUUAACCGAUGUACAUUUAUUUAAACCGUUUACAAAACAAACAAAAAAAAUCGAAGUAAUUUUAUAUAAUAAUUAUAUAUUAAAAUUAUUAAAGAAAAAGGGGAGGAGUUAUUCACACGAUAUUUGGGCUACCUACAUAGAAGAAGCUGACACUUUGUAAAUGUAGAAAUGCGCGCAAAUUAAAAAAAAAAUUACAACAAAAAAAAGAGUUCCUUUUAUUUAAGAGACUUUAAAAAAAGAUAGUGUACACGUGGGUUCCCGAACGCGACUGUACAGUGUUACACCCGGCCCUCAUCGCUGCCGCCCGCGUACUUGAAAAUCGUGUUUUGUGACUGCUGUGUAAUGUCAGGAUUUAUACUCGAUACUUAAUCUGGAUCGCGACGUUAUAUAUGUGUAGGUGUGUGCGUGUGUGUACGUAGCGUUAUAUACAGCAACUCUCCAUCCUCCCCCUCCCCACCUUCCCUUUUGGAAUGAUUAAAGGAACCCCUACUCGACUGCCCAUCGCUCGCCCCUGCGGGUUUGUUCAUCGGUUGCUUUCGUUGCAUGCAAUCGGUCGGUCUGUAGGCACGAGAGAGAGAGAGAGACACACACACACAGAGCACGUUGGAGCCAAUUUGAACGCACAUCCGACAGGGUUGCAAGCAAAUCUCGCUCUCUCUCUCCCUCCGUGUUCUACUCCCAUGUUGUUCGCUCGUCGUGGUAGCUGUAUGUAUGUGUGUAUGUAUAUAUAUUCGCAGUACUGUGACUAUUGCCUUCCUGGUAUGGUAAAGUUUUUAUUGUAAAAUAUAUUAUAUUAAUAUUUACCCGUGGCCCCUAUCGCUCACCCCGCCCCACCCGCCAACCACACCUCCC